AUGUUGGCCCUUCACAAGGAGGGAACUACAUUUGAGUUAAACAAUGCUUCGGACGAAAGCCCAGGCUCGUCCGACCUUCAGAUAUUGCUUUAUGAAACUAUGGAGAAAUAUGCUGUGAAACGAAGAAAUAGCCCACAAUCCCUGCAGCAGCAGCGCUGUCUCAACAAUGGCACAUGUCAAGCUGGAUACACUGAUAAAGGAUUUAGCUGUAAAUGUCCUUACGGAUUCACUGGUGCAUUCUGCAGCAAAGCCUGCAGCUUUGACUUUGAAGAUGGAAUCGCCGACUGGGAAAUGACAGGCAGAGCUUUCAUUUACCAGCCUACAUUUGGGGACAAUCCAACAUAUCGCCGCAGAGAAAGCGCCAAUCUGCAAGGGGACUGGUGGAUAGGGGGAGCUGAGAAACGGCCCAGUGAGAGCGAUACCGCCGGGGUUCAGCAUUCAAAUGGACCCGAUGUACCCCAAGGAACUCUCACCUCACCUUGUUUUCGUAUCGUUGGCAAGAAUAUCUCGUUUCUCAUCGGUGGAGGGUGUGACUUAGGUAAUGUUCGUGCAGAGCUUAUUGUUGACAACCAGGUCGUCAGAAAUGAGACAGGGAAUUGUUCAGAGACAAUGUUCCGUAAGAGCUGGGACGUAGAGGAGUUUAUUGGUCAAUAUGCGCAAGUCAGACUUGUAGAUGAGAGUUCUGGUGGUUACGUUCAUAUCAACUUUGAUGACCUUAAAGGAGAUAUCAUUUGUCCUGACGAUUUAGACGAGAUAAACUGAAGAGACAGUGGCUUGUGAAACUGACAUAUCACCUCAAGUCAGGAUCUUUGCAAAUAGUCACCUUGAAAGUACCAUUAAACAGCUUUUGACGAAGUAGAAUAGUUGCUUUGUGCUGGCAUAAAUAGGCACAAAUCAC